AAAAAAAAAAAAAAAAAAAAAAAAAAGAAGGGAAAAACAAACGGGGAAGUAUCACCUCCAGAAAAACUUAACAGUUUUUCAUAUCUCUGUUGCCUAUCCCUUCAACAUCUCUGGAGUCAAACUGAUCUACUAUAAAUCACCACUGUUCAACCCAAGACUACUGCUGCCUUCACCACCAACCCAAGGCCUCUUCGCCGCUAUCAAAAGCCACAGCCGUCGCAUCAUCAACUCCGAGCCUCCCUUCAGUUCUGUUAUUUUUUUCUCAAUCAUUUCGCGAAACCAAUGCCACAGAUCUUUUCUUUGGCCUCCGAUACUCAAAACCCAAGAGUCUGAACUCCAUCUUCACCUACACGCGCCGCCACGCGCGGUGGUUGUCGAUCCACGUACCGUCACAGUUUCUCCGUCGGCUGGUGGUUCACGAAACCAACGCUACGGUUCUCUUCGUCGGCCCUCUGAUUUGUAAAUCCCAAGAAGCCGGCCUCCAUCUUCGAUCUCACGCUCCUCCACGCGCGGCCUGAAAUUUGGCCGCCGAUCCACGCGCCGUCGAAAGUUGUUGCUCUGACUCCAACGAGCCCAUGCCCUUCUUCUUGCACUUUUUAUCUCAAAAAAAAGGUGAUCCUCUCCCAAAACAAAACAAAUAUGUUUGGUAACUUGUGUAAGUAACCACGAUUCCACGUUGAGGAGGUGGGGCGUUGCGUUUGGAAAGAAGAGAGAGAGAGAGAAUGGGAUCGUUAGAUUCACCGAGAGAGAGGGAGAACGGGAACGGUGGGUGUAGGAGUCCCGGAGAUCCAAAAGUUGGCGAUGGAGGAAUGAUAGUAGUAGAAUCAGAGGCUAUGAAGAAGAGGAGAGCGAGUAUGCUUCCACUGGAGGUCGGUACUCGCGUCAUGUGCCGUUGGAGGGACUCCAAAUACCACCCCGUCAAAGUCAUCGAACGCCGCAAAAUGCCCUCCUCUGGCCCCAACGAUUACGAGUACUACGUCCACUACACCGAGUUCAAUAGGAGGCUUGACGAAUGGGUGAAGCUUGAACAACUUGAUCUCGAUUCUGUAGAGACUGUUGUUGAUGAGAAGGUGGAGGACAAGGUUACAAGCUUGAAAAUGACACGCCACCAGAAGCGAAAGAUUGACGAGACACAUGUAGAGGGUCAUGAAGAGCUUGAUGCUGCCAGUUUGCGAGAACAUGAAGAGUUCACAAAAGUGAAAAAUAUAGCAACUAUAGAGCUUGGAAGAUAUGAGAUCGAGACAUGGUACUUUUCCCCCUUUCCACCGGAAUACAAUGAUUGUGUGAAGUUGUACUUCUGUGAGUUUUGCCUCAAUUUCAUGAAGCGUAAAGAACAACUUCAGAGGCAUAUGAGGAAGUGUGAUCUCAAGCAUCCCCCUGGAGAUGAGAUAUACCGAUGUGGUACAUUGUCAAUGUUUGAGGUUGAUGGCAAAAAGAACAAGGUUUAUGGGCAGAAUCUUUGUUACUUGGCAAAAUUGUUUCUUGAUCACAAGACCCUCUAUUAUGACGUUGACCUCUUUCUGUUCUAUGUAUUGUGUGAAUGCGAUGAUCGAGGAUGCCACAUGGUUGGUUAUUUUUCUAAGGAAAAGCAUUCAGAGGAGUCUUAUAAUUUAGCAUGUAUCCUCACCCUUCCUCCCUAUCAAAGGAAAGGCUAUGGAAAAUUUCUAAUUGCCUUUUCUUAUGAACUUUCUAAAAAAGAAGGUAAAGUCGGCACACCUGAAAGACCCCUUUCUGAUCUUGGGCUAUUGAGCUACAGAGGAUACUGGACCCGGGUUCUUUUGGACAUAUUGAAAAAGCACAAGGCCAAUAUUUCUAUCAAGGAACUUAGUGACAUGACAGCCAUUAAGGCGGAGGAUAUCCUGGCCACCCUUCAGAGCUUAGAAUUGAUUCAGUACAGGAAAGGGCAGCAUGUCAUCUGUGCUGAUCCAAAGGUCCUGGAUCGUCAUCUAAAAGCUGCUGGUCGUGGGGGUCUUGAGGUUGAUGUUAGCAAAUUGAUAUGGACUCCUUAUAAAGAACAAGGUUGAUGUCAAACAAUUUAUCCAGAUACUGGCUGCCAACUUAGACUUGUAACUGACCUCCGAUUGUAUAAAAUAUAAGCUUUAGGGUAUGAAACUGGGGAUUCUUCCUGGAGACUUUCUUGUCAUUAUCCAUCUUAUGACUUUGUAUUAUGCAUGUAUCAACAAAUAAUGAUUGGUAUAUUCUUACUUUAGUAGGUGUAGGCUACAACUGACUUUUAGAUUUUAGAUUUGUGAACUACUUGUUUAGAUGCAUUGUAAUGCUCUUCUGAUGAUGAGACAAAAUGACAAAAAAUUGGGAAGGUGAUCCGUGAGAUUGGAUAGGAUUGAUUGCCAUCUCUUUGAAAAUAUUUUGUAAAACCAAACGUCUGAGAUCAUUUUAGGCAUAAUUUAUAUUAUCCUUCUGACUUAUGAGUGAA